AUGUCUGUUCGAGAAUUAUAUACUAAGGGUGCACGUAUUUGGUUACCAGAUCAAGAUGAAGUUUGGCGUGCUGUUACUGUCGAUAAAAAUUAUGAUGGAAAAGGAAAACUUGAAGUUAUAUCAUCUGAAGGAGAAAAAGAAACAAUUCCAAUUAAAUCUGACACUGAUCUUCCACCAUUACGUAAUCCUGAGAUUCUUAUCGGUCAAAAAGAUCUUACUGCAUUAUCCUACUUAAAUGAACCUGAAGUUUUAUAUAAUCUUGAAUCUCGUUUUAAUAAAUCGCAAAUUUAUACAAAAUGUGGUAUUGUAUUAGUUGCUAUAAAUCCAUAUGAAGUUUUAUCAAUAUAUGGAAAUGAUACAAUUCAAUUGUAUCGUGAUCAAGAUGUUCAAUUAUUAGAACCACAUAUAUUUGCAACAGCUGAAUUAUCCUAUCAAUCAAUGGUGAAUUUUUCAAGAAAUCAAUCGAUUAUUGUUUCAGGAGAAUCUGGAGCUGGAAAAACAGUUAGUGCUAAAUAUGCUAUGAGAUAUUUUGCUAAUGUUGGAGGAUUAUUAGAAGAAACACAAAUUGAAAAAAAAGUUUUAGCAUCAAAUCCUAUUAUGGAAGCUAUUGGAAAUGCUAAAACAAUACGUAAUGAUAAUUCAUCACGUUUUGGAAAAUAUAUUGAAAUUGGUUUUUUAAGAAAUCAUAUUUGUGGAGCAUCAAUGAAAACUUAUUUAUUAGAAAAAUCAAGAGUCAUUUAUCAAGCACAAGAUGAAAGAAAUUAUCAUAUAUUUUAUCAAUUAUGUACACAAGCAAAUCAAUCUGAAAUGAAAUCUCUUGCACUUUUACCAGCUAAUAAAUUUCGAUAUACAUCAGAAGGCAAUGCAAUAAUAAUUACUGGUGUUAAUGAUGCUGAACAAUUUUUAGAAACACGCGAAGCACUUGCACUUCUUGGUAUUGAGAAUAAAGUUCAAAUGUCAAUAUUUCGUCUUUUGUCGGCUAUACUUCAUUUGGGAAAUGUUAUUAUUAAUGAAGGUGAAGGUGAAACAACAUUUGUUAAAGAAUCAGAUAAAUCAUUUUCAACAUUCUGUUCACUUCUUAAACUUGAUGAAAAUCGUAUGAGAACAUGGUUAUGUAAUAAAAGAAUUAAAACUGGUGUUGAAGUUGUUAAUACAACACUCAAUCUUAAUCAAGUAUUAUUUUUAAAAUUCAUUUAUUUUAUUUAUUCUAGUCUUUUUGAGUCAAUGUUUAAGCUCAUUCAUUUUGAAACAUUCGAAAUGAAUAGUUUUGAACAAUUUUGCAUAAAUUAUGCAAAUGAAAAAUUACAACAACAAUUUUGUCAACAUGUAUUUAAACUUGAACAAGAAGAAUAUAUGAAAGAACAAAUAACUUGGUCAUUUAUUCAAUUUUAUGAUAAUCAACCAUGUAUUGAUUUAAUUGAAAGUAAAUUAGGAAUUUUAGAUUUAUUAGAUGAAGAAUGCAAAAUGCCUAAAGGAUCAGAUGAAAAUUGGCAUAGAAAAAUAGUUACUCAACAUGGAAAACAUCCAGAUUUUUUAACAAAAAAAUUAACAGCUAAUUCAACAUUUAUUAUAAAUCAUUUUGCUGAAAAAGUUGAAUAUUCUAUUGAUGGAUUUCUUGAAAAAAAUCGUGAUACUGUACUUGAAGAUCAAUUAAAAAUGUUAAAAGAGAGCGAACUUGAUUUUGUUGUUCAACUAUUUCUCGAAACAGAUGAUUCAAAAAGUGGAUCAACAACAUCAACAUCAACUAAAUCUCAUCAAGUUCAAAAAUCAGGGACGUUACAAGCAACAUCAAAAGUUCAAGCACAAAGAAAGAAAACUGUUGCAACUCAAUUUCGUGAAUCAUUAACUAGCUUAAUGGCUGCAUUAAAUGCUACUGAACCUCAUUAUGUUCGUUGUAUAAAGCCUAAUGACCAAAAAGCUCCUUUUACAUUUGAACCUCGUCGUGCAGUACAACAAUUACGUGCAUGUGGUGUUUUAGAAACUGUUCGCAUAAGUGCUGCUGGUUAUCCAUCUCGUUGGACUUAUCAUGAUUUUUUUGUUCGUUAUCGUUUAUUAGCUCGUUCAUCAUUAAUUGAUCGUACAAAUUAUCGUCGAACAUGUGAAAAUAUUCUUAAAAAUUUAAUUUCUGAUAAAGAUAAAUAUCAAUUUGGAAAUACAAAAAUAUUUUUUCGUGCUGGACAAGUUGCCUAUUUAGAAAAAUUACGUUCAGAAAAACUUCGUGCUUGUACUAUUAAAAUUCAAACAACAUAUCGUGGUUAUUAUGCUCGUAAACGUUAUUUGAAAAUUCGACGUACAACACUUGCACUUCAAACAUUAUCACGACGAUAUUUAGCUAGAAAACAUGCUGAAGAUAUUCGUCGUACACGUGUUGUUACUCUAUUUCAAUCAUUAUGGCGUAUGCAAUUAGCUUUUCGUAGUUUUCAAGCACUUCGUAUUAUUGUUAUUGAUAUUCAAUCACGUUGUCGAGGUUAUUUAGUUCGACAAAAUCUUCAACAAAGAAUGAUUGAACGAAGUGUUCUUACAAUUCAAUCAUCAAUACGUAUGUGGAUUGCACGUCGUAGAUUUCUUACAUUUCAACAUGCUAUUAUUCUUUUACAAUCACAUCAACGUAGACGUGAAGCUUGUUUAGAAGUUAAACAACUUCGAGUUGAACAACGUUCUAUUGCACAUCAAAAACAAUUAAAUAAAGGUUUAGAAAAUAAAAUUAUAUCAUUACAACAUAAAAUUGAUGAACAAAAACGAGAUAAUGAACGUUUAGCACUUAAAGACCAAGAAUUUGAAAAUUUAAAAAAAGAACAUGAACAAUUAAAAAUUCAAAAUAAAGAAUUAAAACAACAUUUGAAAAAACAAUCAACUUUAGAAGAAGAACUUCAACAACUUCGAUCAGAAAAUGAACGUCUUAAAUCCGAUAAUGCAGUAAUACGUUCUGAUUUAACGCAAACAAAACAAUUAAAAGAUGAAAUUAUCUUAAAAAAUAAUGAAUUAAUUAUACAAUUACAAACUGAACUUGAAAAUAAAACAAAAGAAAUAACAAAAUUAGAAGAACAAUUAGUUGGAGAUAUAUCAACACAAGAUUUAUCCUUAACUCGUGUUAAACAACUUGAAGAAGAAUUAAAUGCUGAAAGACAACAAAGACAAAGACUUGUUAUUGAAAUGCAUAGAUUAGAACAAAAAUGUGAAAAUCUUCAAAGUGAAUUACAAAAUGGAAAUAUUAACACAAUGAAACCAGUACCAUCGGAUUCAAAUAUGACUUGGGAUUCUAAAUUUAUGGAUACACUUGAUCUCUAUGAUUUACCUGAUCAAGGCCCGUUGACCAAUGAUGGUUUAACCCCACGUCGUCCUCCUCCUCUUCAUUCAUCUACUGUUAAUAAUCAUCAACGUUAUUUAUCAACUACGCAAACAAAUGAAACAUUAGAAGAUAUUAGUGAAACAGGUGGUGGUGGUCUUCUUCUUCGUCUUCAACGACGUCUUAAACAACUUGAACAAGAAAAUAAACUAAUGAAUGAAGAAUUUGAGAAAGGAAUAACAAAUUCAUCAAAAUUAGGAACAAUUAAGAAAAAUUCUUCAUGGCAUUUAGAUGAAUUAGAAAUGGAAAAAUUAAAAAAUGAUUUAAAAGCAUUAAGAGAACAAGUACUUAAAGGUGAUGAAAAAGCUGCUAAAGAACAAUUACUAGCUCAGUUCGAUGCAUUAAAUGCUGAAUUAGAACAUCGUCGUCGUGAACAAAUUGAAAUGAAAUCAAAAUUACAAGAACGUGUUAUGCAACAUGAGAAUGAAACAGAUGAUGUUAUUGCAGCUGAUGCUAUUGAACAAGCUUAUCAAAGCCAAAAACAAAUAAACAAAAUGCUUGAACUUGAACUUGAACAAUGUCGAACAUCAUAUCAACGUGAAUAUGAUAGAACACAAGAACGUUUAGCACAACUUGAAGCAGAAAAUAUUGAAUUAUAUAAAUCAAUAGAUGAAGAUACAGUUGAUGAUUCAAUGAAACAACAAAUAGCUAGUGUCAUCAAUGAAAAUCUUGAACUUCAUCAACAAAUUGAAAAUAAUCAUGCAGAAAUUCGAAAAUUAAGACGUGUUAUCAAACUUGUUAAUAAAAGUUUUUCAGCAGGAAAUGUAUCUUGGGAGCAUGUACUACAAAAUGGAUCAAUAAGUGGUGCCCCUUCCUAUAUUGGUCAAAUCGAUGCUUCACAUUCUACGCCAUUAACAACAACAACAGCUGAAAAUGUAACAGGAAAUGUUGAUCUUCGUCGUCAAAGUAUACGACAUUUGAGUGGAAUGAUUAAAUGUACUCCACCAGAAACUGAACGAAUUACUGAUUCCGUCAUUCUUGAUUUGAAACCUCGUUUGGCUGCAAAAUACAUUCCUGGAAUUCCAGCUUAUAUACUUUUUAUGUGUAUUCGAUAUAUUGAUUUUGUUGAUGAUGAAGCACAUGUUGCUGGAUUUUUAUCAGCUGUAACCAAAAAAAUCAAAAAAGUUCCAAGAAGAAAUGAAGAUAUUGAUUAUCCAAUCUUAUGGACAACAAAUACAGUUCGAUUUCUUCAUAUAUUACAACAAUAUAGUGGUGAAGAAAAAUAUCAAGCUACAAAUACACCAAAACAAAAUGAACAAGCAUUAAGAAAUUUUGAUUUAACUGAUUAUCGAACUAUAUUUGCCGACCUUGUUGUUCAUUUAUAUGAUGAAAUUCUUAAACGAAUUAAAGCUAAAUUAUUACCAAUGAUAAUUCCUGCUAUAAUUGAACAUGAAGAUCUUGAAUCAGGUAGCAUUGUAUCCAUCAAUUCAAUGACAUCUGCAUCAAUGUCGAACGAUAAACGAUCAAAAUUUUCAGCACAAGAUCUUCUUAAACAAGUACUAAAAUUUUUAAUAAGAAAAAUUCUAUUAAAUUCUAUUUAG